GUUUUCUAAUCUAUUAUUCACUACAACACUGUACAAGCCCAUCCAAUCAAUGCCAGAUUGGAUGAACUUUAUUCUGUAGCAGACUGGCUCAAUCCAUAUCAGAUGGCGUACAAGAAUGCUGCUGAAAGAUGGCUCUGUCUCGGGGGUUGAGGUGUUGUCAAAGGAUCCUGUCAUGGAUUCCUGUCAUAAUCAUCACGUUUGUUGUGUUAUGGUCGUAUUACGCGUACGUGUUUGAAUUGUGCCUGCUUACGCUGACUAACAUACCAGAAAAAGUUAUCUACCUCAUUGCAUUCCAUGUUUGCUUCAGUCUGUUUGCAUGGACCUACUGGAAGUCUAUCUUCACACUGCCAUCUCAGCCACAUAAGAAGUUUCGUCUGUCCUAUACAGAUAAGGAGCGGUAUGACAAUGAAGAGCGACCAGAAGUUCAAAAGCAAAUUCUUGUUGAACUUGCCAAGAAAUUGCCAGUACAGACUAGGACAUCAAGUGGAGGUGUCAGGUUCUGUGACAGAUGUCAGCUGAUCAAACCAGACCGCUGUCACCACUGCUCUGUCUGUAACAUGUGUGUUUUAAAAAUGGACCACCACUGUCCUUGGGUGAACAACUGUAUUGGAUUUUCAAACUACAAAUUCUUCCUGUUGUUUCUAAUUUACUCCUUACUUUAUUGUCUCUACAUUGCUGCCACGGUAUUGCAGUAUUUCAUCAAGUUCUGGGAAGGUGAACUACCCAGUGGUCAUGCAAAAUUCCAUGUCCUCUUCCUGCUGUUUGUGGCACUAAUGUUUUUCAUCAGCCUGUCAUUCCUGUUUGGCUAUCACUGUUGGCUUGUUGGUAAAAACAGGUCUACUCUUGAAGCAUUUUGUGCUCCAGUAUUUCAGCAAGGGCCAGAUAAAAAUGGAUUUGACCUUGGCUUCUUUAAAAAUAUUGAGCAAGUGUUUGGCGAAGAAAGAAAGUAUUGGUUCCUUCCUUUUUGCACUAGUGUUGGGAAUGGUCACUUCUUCCCGAUAAAGUUCCGGAGUGAGUCUCGUAGUCCACUGCUAGCCUCAGAUGAGCGGUGGGAGGAGGGUGGAUCAGAUGAAGAAGGUCAAGCUUAUAGAGGAAAUUCAUCAGUUGCCAUAGAAAUGGAGACAUAGCAGAUUGCUAGGUUGGCAUACAGAGCAUUGCAGCUUUCCAUCAAGAGGUCAGAUGAUGACAACACUGGCAUGUCCUCAUCCAAUCACAUGAACCAAAAAUGUAUUACUUGACUGAAGAAAUGAAAUCCGUGUAGAAAGAGCAAUACUGCAACUGUAACUCGGAAUGAAGAACAAAAAAUAAAAAAAACAGAAACAACUGC